UAGACGUAAAUCCAACCGGGAGAAUACUCCAAAAAACAUAACCGAAAAAACAAUGAGUUAUUUUUUGCAUUUCAAGCUGCUCGUCCUGUACAGCUUUUGCGUCCAUCGUUCGGAGUCCUUCUCCCAGAACGAUGUUGUGUUUCUGGAAAAGUCCCCUUCGUGGGAGGACGACCUGGACUGGAGCCGGGCCAACUGGCGGCUGGUUGUGCCCUGGCUGAUGCAGCGCCAGGAGCUGCGCUUCUGCGUGGCCCUGGCCAGGUUCGACGAGCGCCUGCUCCAGGGCACAUCCUGUGGUCUGCUGAUGGCGAACAAGCCGCUGAUGGCCAGCUGCGACAUUGGCAACAUCGAGGACCUGACCAUGACUAUGCGGUAUGCCUUUGGCGAGCUGCUAUUCGAUACCAGCCGCCGGUGUCGUCCUGGCCUGGAGCUCUUCGGGGUUCGGUGCCGGCGAAGGGCCUGAGUUUUUGGCGGUUUUUCGAGGGAAGUAAAGACUAAGGCUUAAUAUUUUUGGAUAUUUCUUUGGGAACUUAAGUCUAAUAAGGUUAAAUAUACAUAAAAGAGUACUCCUUAGUUGAAAUUUAAAUAAAAUGAAACUGUUUUAGUUUAAGAAUAA